GAAUUAGAACGGGGAUAACUUAACUGUGUGCGACGAAUUGGGGACGUAUACUGGUGGUGUUAUAGACACAGUUUUAUUAGUUACAUCGGCGACGAGUAAAUUUGCGGCUACAAAACCACCGGUGUCCGUCCCCAAUUCGUCAAACAGUACCGUUAUCCCCUAAGUAUAUGGCGCCGCGCACACAAAGAAACAGUUACACAGAAUAAUACGCGCGAUUUGAGAAAGGGUACCACGCGAUGAAUAUAGUUCGGUCUCUGAUCGAGAGUGAAAUAGCGCCGACCACACUGAAAAUGGAUAUUUCCGUUGCGCGCAGUGAGGAUUUCUCGGGAAUUCAUGCCUGGGAAAACCCAGGUCAAGAUGACACAAGACGUUGUGCAGGAGCUACGAAAGGUAGUCGGGAGGGGAGUACACCGCACAGCUGAAGGCACGGAAUAGUGACAUCUCCACGGGAUACUUGAUAACCGAUCACUACCAUGGCAACGAUGGCAACGAUCCAAAAGCACAACGACGCCGUGUUGUCCAGCUUGGAGCCCGGUGACCAGGUGGAAUUUGGGAGAGUGUUGUAUUCUCACUGGGGCGUGUACAUUGGUGAUGGUUUCGUGAUUCACCUGGCCAGUCUUGAUGGUGAGAGCUUUAGAAAGACUGAAAAAGCCGUUGUACGUAGAGACAAAAUCCAGGAUGUUGCGAAGAAAUGCAAGAUGAAUAAAAACAACUCAAAAGGCCGGAGAUACAGACUAAAAACCUUCAGCAAAUCGGAGAUCGUGGAGAGAGCCAAGAGCCAGCUUGGCAGAAAGGGAUAUAACAUGCUUGCCAGCAACUGUGAACACUUUGUGUCGUGGUGCUGCUACGACAUUGAAAUAAGUGACCAGGUGAACGAUGGCAUAGAACUGACGACGAAAGCGGCUGAAAUGUUCUUUGAUUGGUUACUGGAAAAGACUAAAUGAGAAGAACUUGGAAAGGUCUAAGUCUUGAGAAAGAUUCUUUAAAAGGGUUUACAGAAUCCGGGCAGCUGUAGUUACCACUGGUGUAGAUGUUAUACUACACCAAGUUCGAUUCCGUAGAUUAACAAACACCUUUUUGUAGCAGAAUGACAUUUGUAAUUGGAUGAUUUAGUGUAAGAUUGUUGUGUAAGAUGUAUACCAAGUUAUUGAAACUGACCAUAUUUUUCAAUAUUUAGUCUAUUAUUCACACAAUAAUAUCUGCU